AUGACAAGAGGUUCUCUCAUAAACUACCUAUAUAUGAAGGGAUGUGUAGAAAGUACUCCAGUAGUUCCUAUACAACAAGAGUGGUUGGAUUCCAUGUUGACCCUAGUACCAGAAAAACUGAGGGAAGGCAAAGGCAGAGACGUGCUUCUACAUGAUCUCUUACAGGAGAUACGAGCUGACUUUGAGAAAAGCAUGAAGAGAUGUUUAGUGAGGACAGUCCUUGUGAAACCUGAAGUAAAAGGGCUUGAACAAGAAGAACUACCUUUUCAGCAUGACCCACCUGUGUAUGUGCAGUUUUCCAACCCUUGGCAUGACAGCUUUGUGAAAGCAAAACAUGAGAUCAAAGUAAACCUUCACAUUCUUCACCCAGUGAUGAGGACCAUUUUGGAUAUAGGAUAUGCUACAUUUUCCAAUCUUCUUUUAGUAAACAUCUCUGGUUAUAGGUCUAAAGGUCAAGUUGACUGUGAAUCCCUGAAAAACAAUGUGAUUUUAGAAUGUGAAAAAGCAGAAGAAAAGUUAAUGAAGAUCUGGUAUCCAAAAGUUAUAAAUCUUUUUACCAGCAAAGAAAUGCUGAAAGAUAUCAGAUCAGACAAACUGGAUUCCUUCUUUGGCUGUGUUUCUACACUUAUAUCUAAUCAGUUGAAAGACCUUUUGAGACGAACUGUUGAAGAAUAUGUGAAACUUUUUGACCCAUCCGAUUCAAGAUUUCUGCCAAUAUUCAAGAUGGAGCUGACAUUUGAUGAUGAGAAAAUGGAGUUUUAUCCAAGUUUUAAAGAUUUAGAAGAUGUGGUACUCUUUUUAGUGACUCGCAUAUCCCAGUCUAUGCAGAAUGUUCAAACAGUGCAGUCGUGGCUAGCUGAAGGCAGCAAUGUAGUUUCCAUUGAAACAAAGCUUUCUGAUCAUAUAUUGGAAUGGGCAUAUACGAUGGUUAGAAAUGCAGUCAGAGCAAAUUUGGAAGGUCCACAAGAACACUUCCAGAAAUAUGUUGAAAGCUAUAAUUGGCUUACAGAUGGAACAGCUGAGGCCCGUGUGAAUCUCUUUAUGACAGAAAACCAUCCCUUUGAUGAAUGUGUUACUUUUGUAGAGGAGUUUCGAAGUCUGGCUAAAGAGAUAAUGAGCCUUCCAUCUCUUGUUCACUUUGACAUGGUUUAUCUUGACUGUGAAGAUCUCAAACAAGGUCUGGCUACAAAGGCAAAAUAUUUUGCUGACCUGCUGCUAGAGAGACUUGUUGAUAAUCACAGACGUGUUAAUGAACAAAUUUGUGAAGCCUUUGAAGUUAUUGAAUCACGGGCACUGAAGGUUCCAGAAACAAGUGAAGACAUGAUUGAAAUGUUAACUUACAUGGAAGAGGCAAGAACCAAGAAGGUUCAGAAACUAAAUGCAAGAAUCAAAGAGAGCCAAGAACACUUGAAUUAUUUCUUAGAUGUGUACAUGUUCACACCUGAAGACAUGAAAUUGAAUGCUGCAGUACUGCUUUGGCCCCAGAAUAUCAGCCCAGUUUUUGAUCAGUGUGAUGAAUUGAUGGAAGCUGCAAAACAGAAGGGUGAGCGUGAGCUGCUAGGAAAGCGAGAAAAGGCUAUGCUGGAACUGGAGAAACUUUCACAUCGUGCUGGGGAGUUUGCAGACUGCACAGAACUUGAUAUGAUGCAACAGUAUGUCAAUGAUGUACGAACAGUACAAAAGCGACUGCAGGAAUCUGAAGAGACAAUUGCAUUCAUUAACAAGGAAGAGGCUUUAUAUAAGUGGGAGCUGACUUCAUACCCUGUGGUUGAAGAAAUCAAGGCUACUAUAGAACCUUACCAAAAGCUUUUCAGUUUCGUUUUAAAAUGGCAGAGGACAGAAAAGAGAUGGAUGGAUGGGGCCUUUUCAGAUUUGAAUGGUGAAAUCAUGGAAGCAGAAAUAGAUGAGUUUUUCAGAGAAAUCUACAAAAUGCUGAAAUUUUUCCAGCAAAAGCAGAAAAAGGAAGAACAAGAGAGACAAAAAUCAGCAUCCCGCAGAAGAACUACUGAUCGAAAACAGGAAGAAGAAAAGAAGGAUAAUCCAAUUAUUACCAUGUGUUCAACAGUAAUGGAUCAGAUUAAAGAUUUCAAGGAACACAUACCUUUGGUGUCUAUCUUGUGCAACCCAGGGAUCAGAACCCGUCACUGGCAGCAGAUGUCUGAGAUUGUUGGCAAUGAUUUAACUCCAGACUCUGGAACAACUCUGAGGAAAGUUUUGAAGCAAAACCUUACACCAUACCUAGAGAAAUUUGAACAAAUCAGUGUGGCAGCUAGCAAGGAAUUCUCUUUGGAAAAAGCUAUGCACACCAUGGUGGAUGUCUGGGAUGCUAUUUCCUUCAACACAAGUCCUUAUCGGGAUACUGGAGUUUCAAUUUUAUCUGCAGUUGAUGAAGUUCAGACCACUUUAGACGAUCAGAUUGUUAAAACACAAACAAUGAGAGGAUCACCAUUCAUUAAACCGUUUGAAAAAGAAAUCAAGGAAUGGGAAGAACGUCUUAUCCAUAUUCAGGAAACUAUUGAUGAAUGGCUGAAAGUGCAAGCUCAGUGGCUUUAUUUGGAACCCAUAUUCUCUUCUGAAGACAUCAUGCAACAGAUGCCAGAAGAAGGUCGUCUCUUUCAGACUGUUGACAAACAUUGGAAGGAUGUCAUGAGACACUGUAAUAAGGACCCAAAAGUUCUGGCUGCAACUUCCUUGACGGGAUUAUUAGAAAAGCUCCAGGACUGUAAUAUCCUAUUAGAUAAAAUCAUGAAAGGACUGAAUGCUUACUUAGAGAAGAAGAGGCUGUUCUUUCCACGCUUCUUUUUCCUGUCUAAUGAUGAGAUGCUUGAAAUCCUGUCUGAGACCAAGGAUCCACUAAGAGUGCAGCCUCACUUGAAGAAAUGCUUUGAAGGCAUUGCAAAACUGGAGUUCCUUCCAAACAUGGAUAUCAAAGCAAUGUACAGCAGUGAGGGUGAACAGGUUGAACUUAUUCAGCUAAUUUCUACUUCAGAAGCUCGAGGUGCUGUUGAGAAGUGGCUGGUGCAGGUGGAAGAUGUAAUGCUUCGCAGUGUGAGAGAUGUCAUUAAUCAGUCACGAAUGGCAUAUCCUGAAACUCCAAGAAAGGAAUGGGUUAGAAGAUGGCCUGGGCAGGUUGUGCUCUGUGUCUCUCAGAUGUACUGGACCAGUGAAGUAACAGAAGCCAUUCAAAGUGGGCCAGAGGGUCUCAAACAUUACUACAAUACACUUCAGGAACAGCUUAAUGAUAUUGUGGAGUUGGUAAGAGGAAAACUGCCUAAACAGACUCGUACUACACUGGGCGCUUUAGUAACCAUUGAUGUACAUGCCAGAGAUGUUGUUAUGGAUAUGAUUGAAACUGGAGUCAUGCAUGAAACAGAUUUCCAGUGGCUUGCACAGCUAAGGUAUUACUGGGAGAAUGAAAAUGCUCGUGUUCGUAUAAUCAAUUGCAAUGUUAAAUAUGCCUAUGAGUACCUUGGGAACUCUCCACGACUUGUCAUUACUCCACUUACUGAUCGUUGUUAUCGUACCUUGAUUGGAGCUUUUUAUUUGAACUUAGGAGGUGCUCCAGAAGGUCCAGCAGGUACAGGCAAAACAGAGACUACUAAAGAUUUAGCCAAGGCCCUGGCAGUACAAUGUGUUGUUUUCAACUGCUCUGAUGGUCUGGAUUAUCUCGCUAUGGGCAAGUUUUUCAAAGGAUUGGCUUCCUCUGGUGCCUGGGCCUGUUUUGAUGAGUUCAACCGAAUUGAGCUUGAAGUUUUGUCUGUAAUUGCUCAGCAGAUUCUCUGCAUUCAAAGAGCCAUCCAGAUGAAACUUGAAGUUUUUGUCUUUGAAGGGACAGAGUUGCGCCUCAAUCCUAAUUGUUUUGUUGCUAUUACCAUGAAUCCUGGAUAUGCAGGUCGGUCUGAAUUGCCAGACAAUCUAAAGGUUCUUUUUCGAACUGUGGCUAUGAUGGUACCAAAUUAUGCACUAAUAGCUGAGAUCUCAUUGUAUUCAUAUGGCUUUCUCCAUGCCAAACCACUUUCAGUAAAGAUAGUCAUGACAUAUAGACUGUGUUCAGAGCAACUUUCAUCCCAGUUUCACUAUGACUAUGGCAUGCGGGCAGUCAAAGCUGUGCUUGUGGCAGCUGGCAAUUUAAAGCUAAAGUUCCCAGAUGAGAAUGAAGAUAUACUGCUUCUUCGAUCCAUUAAGGAUGUGAAUGAACCAAAAUUCUUGUCUCAUGACAUCCCUCUGUUCAAUGGAAUAACCAGUGAUUUAUUCCCAGGUGUGAAACUUCCUGCUGCAGAUUACACUCUGUUCCUGGAAAGUGCACAUGAAUGCUGCAAAACACAGAAUGUUCAACCCGUUAAAACCUUUCUUGAAAAAAUGAUCCAGACUUAUGAAAUGAUGAUUGUCAGACAUGGGUUUAUGCUGGUGGGGGAGCCAUUUGCUGGCAAAACUAAAGUGCUCCAUGUCCUGGCUGAUACACUGACACUUAUGAAUGAGAAAGGCUAUAAUGAGGAAGAAAAGGUCAUCUUCAGAACUGUGAAUCCCAAGUCCAUAACAAUGGGACAGCUGUUUGGGCAAUUUGAUGCUGUGUCUCACGAGUGGACUGAUGGUAUUGUUGCCAACACUUUUCGUGAGUUUGCAUCUGCAGAAACACCUGACCGCAAAUGGGUAGUGUUUGAUGGACCAAUUGAUACAUUAUGGAUAGAAAGCAUGAACACAGUACUGGAUGACAACAAAAAGCUUUGCCUUAUGAGUGGAGAAAUCAUUCAGAUGUCCCCACAGAUGAGCCUUAUCUUUGAAACUAUGGACCUAUCACAAGCCUCGCCUGCUACUGUCAGCCGGUGUGGUAUGAUCUACAUGGAACCCUCACAGCUGGGUUGGAUGCCUCUUGUGACAUCCUGGCUGGGUACACUGCCUGACUGUCUGCAGCAGAAAGACAACAAAACCCUACUUCAAGAGCUCUUCCACUGGCUGGUACCACCUACUUUAAGGCUUGUCCGAAAACAGUGCAGGGAGCUGGUUCCCACAAGCAACAGCAAUAAUGUGGUGUCCCUCACUCAGCUGUUUGAAAUGCUGCUUUGUGAUCUUGUCCAGGAGGAUCCAGGAAACAAAAACAUUCGUACAUGGAUUAUGGCUGCCUUUGCAUUCUCCUUGGUUUGGUCUGUCGGUGGGUGCUGUGAUACUGAUAGUCGUAUAAAGUUUGAUUUGUUUUUGAAGGAAAUGGUAGCUGGAAAAACUGAAGAUAGCCCCUUACCAACUGCUGUGAACAAAUGGGAAUGUCCCUUUGAUGAGAAAGGCUUGGUCUAUGACUACAUGUAUGAGUUUAAAGGCAAAGGGCGUUGGGUACACUGGAACGAAACCAUAAAAAAUAUUCAACUUGGUGACAAAAAUACUAAAAUUCAGGAAAUAAUUGUCCCCACAAUGGACACAGUUAGAUAUACAUAUCUGAUGGACCUCUGUAUCCACUAUGGAAAGCCAUUGCUGUUUGUGGGGCCAACUGGUACUGGAAAGUCUGUGUACGUGAAAGACAAACUAAUGAAUAACUUGGAUAAAGAAUGCUACCUUCCCUCCUUUAUCAACUUUUCAGCUCGAACCAGUGCAAACCAGAGUCAGAAUAUUAUUAUGGCCAGAUUGGACAAGAGGCGUAAGGGGGUGUUUGGACCUCCAAUGGGAAAGAAGAGUAUCAUUUUUGUGGAUGACAUGAAUAUGCCAGCACUAGAAAAAUAUGGAGCCCAGCCACCAAUAGAGCUAUUAAGACAGUUCUUUGACCAUGGAAACUGGUAUGACCUGAAGGAUACCUCUAAAAUAACCCUGAUUGAUAUACAGCUGAUUGCAGCAAUGGGGCCUCCAGGUGGGGGUAGGAAUCCAGUUACACCUCGAUUUCUGAGACAUUUUAACAUCUGUUCCAUCAAUGCAUUCAGUGAUGAAACAAUGGUUCGGAUCUUCUCAAAUAUUGUAUCAUUUUAUCUCAGAAAUCAAGAAUUUCAGGCGGAGAUCUUUACAGUUGGGACUCAGAUUGUUAAUGCUACAAUGGAGGUGUACAAGAAAGCCAUGGAAAAUCUUUUACCAACACCUGCUAAAUCACAUUACACGUUUAAUCUACGUGAUUUUUCACGUGUUAUUCAAGGCUGUCUGCUCAUUAAAAAGGAAUCUGUAGAGAACAAGCGUACCUUCAUUCGUCUGUUUGUGCACGAAGCAUUCCGGGUCUUCUAUGAUCGGCUUGUAGAUGACACAGAUAGGUCUUGGCUCUAUAAACUAAUAAAGGAUAUUAUAAAAGAACAUUUCAAGGAAAAUUUUGAUUCUGUUUUUGAACAUCUAAAAUCCAGCAAGUCUCCUCUCUGUGAAGAAGACAUGAGAAGCUUAUUGUUUGGAGACUACAUGAACCCUGAUCUAGAAGGAGAUGAAAGAUUGUAUGCUGAGAUACCAUCUGUUCAGCAUUUCAGUAACAUUGUGGAGCAGUGCUUAGAUGAAUAUAAUCAAACACACAAGACCAGAAUGAACCUUGUCAUUUUCAGGUAUGUGCUAGAACAUCUUUCUCGUAUAAGUCGUGUUCUGAAACAGUCAGGUGGAAAUGCCUUAUUAGUUGGAGUUGGAGGAAGUGGACGCCAGUCAUUGACCCGCCUAGCAACUGCUAUGGCAAAGAUGACCAUUUUCCAGCCAGAAAUCUCUAAGAGUUAUGGAAUGAAUGAAUGGCGAGAAGACCUAAAGCGUCUGCUUCGAAGUGCAGGGAUGAAAGGACAAAAGACAGUAUUUCUGAUAACAGACACACAGAUUAAAGAGGAGGCUUUCCUAGAAGACAUUGACAGUGUGUUAAAUACUGGAGAAGUUCCCAACCUGUUCGCAGUUGAUGAAAAACAAGAAAUUAUGGAGGCAGUUCGGCCAGUAGCUCAAGCUGGAAAUAAAAAUGCUGAGUUCAGCCCACUUGCAUUGUUUGCAUUUUUUGUGAGUCGCUGCAAGGAAAACCUACAUGUUGUGGUGGCCUUUAGUCCAAUUGGUGAUGCUUUCCGUAACCGCUUGAGACAAUUCCCAUCGCUUAUCAACUGUUGUACAAUUGACUGGUUCCAGCCAUGGCCAGAGGAGGCACUUGAGCGAGUUGCUAACAAAUUUCUGGAAACUUUGGAACUUACAGACCAUGAACGUAAGGAAGUUGUACCAAUAUGUAAGCACUUCCAUACUUCCAGCAUUGCAUUAUCAAAAAAAUUUCUUCAAGAACUUGGACGUCAUAACUAUGUGACUCCCACCUCAUACCUUGAGCUUAUUGCUGCCUUCAGACAAAUUCUGACUCAAAAACGUGAUGAAGUAAUGAAAGCAAAGAAGAGAUAUACCAAUGGUUUGGAUAAAUUAGCAUUUGCUGAGUCUCAGGUUGGUGAAAUGAAGAAAGAGCUUGUUCAACUGCAGCCCAAGCUUGAGGUAGCAAAGAAGGAGAAUGAUGCUAUGAUGAAGGUUAUAGAGAAGGAAUCUGCAGCAGUAGAAGCUAAAAGUAAAAUUGUAAGGGCCGAUGAAGAAAUUGCAACACAGAAAGCUGAAGAAGCCCAGGCUCUGAAGAAUGAAUGUGAAAGUGAUCUUGCUGAAGCUAUACCAGCUUUAGAAGCUGCUCUCUCUGCACUUGACACUCUGAAGCCUACUGACAUUACCAUAGUGAAAUCUAUGAAGAACCCUCCAUCUGGUGUUAAACUGGUUAUGGCUGCUAUUUGUGUGAUGAAAGAUAUUAAGCCUGAAAAAAUUAAUGACCCUGCAGGAAGUGGACAAAAGAUUCUGGAUUACUGGGGACCAAGUAAGAAGGUACUAGGCAACAUGGACUUUCUGAGGGAGCUAAAGGAAUAUGACAAAGAUAACAUUCCAGUGCCUGUAAUGCAGAAGAUCCGUAGUGAGUACAUUACUAAUCCUGAAUUUGAUCCUGCUAAAGUAGUUAAAGCCUCAUCUGCUGCUGAAGGUUUAUGCAGGUGGAUCCUGGCAAUGGAGGUGUAUGACAGGGUUGCAAAGGUGGUUGCACCAAAAAAGGCAAGACUAAAAGAAGCCCAGAUGUCCCUGACAGAAACCAUGGAACUGCUGAACCAGAAGCGAGCUGAGCUAAAGGAAGUAGAAGAUCGUUUGGCAGCCCUGCAGAAAACAUUUCAAGAGAAAACAGAAGAAAAGGUCCAGUUAGAGCUACAGGUGGAUUUGUGCGCAAAGAAACUGGAGCGAGCAGAGAAACUGAUUGGAGGACUAGGAGGAGAAAAAAACAGAUGGUCCAAAGCUGCAGAUGACCUGCAAAAUACGUAUGAUAACUUGACAGGAGAUGUACUGAUCUCUGCAGGUGUGAUAGCUUACCUUGGGAGUUUCACUGCUGGUUUCCGUAAUGAAUGUACAAAAGACUGGACAAAAUUAUGCAAGACCAAGAAUAUUCCUUCCUCCGCUGAUUUUUCUCUUAGCAAGACCCUUGGUGAUCCUAUAAAAAUUAGAGCUUGGAACAUUGCCGGCCUGCCAACUGACAGUUUUUCUGUAGAUAAUGGCGUGAUUGUUAGCAACUCCAGGCGGUGGCCUUUGAUGAUUGAUCCACAAGGCCAAGCAAACAAGUGGGUUAAAAAUUCGGAAAAGGAGAAAAACUUGAGUGUGAUCAAAUUAACUGAUGGAGACUAUAUGAGGACACUGGAGAAUUGCAUUCAGUUUGGUACCCCACUACUACUGGAAAAUGUGGGGGAGGAGCUUGACCCUUCCCUUGAACCUCUGCUUCUCAAACAAACAUUUAAACAAGGAGGCAUGGACUGUAUCCGGCUUGGUGAAACUGUCAUAGAGUAUUCCAGUGAUUUUAGGUUUUAUAUAACUACAAAGCUAAGAAAUCCUCACUACCUGCCAGAGCUGUCCACUAAAGUGUCCUUGCUUAAUUUUAUGAUCACUCCAGAGGGAUUGGAGGAUCAGCUUCUUGGAAUUGUUGUUGCCAAGGAAAGACCAGAGCUUGAGGAAGAAAGAAAUGCACUGAUUCUCCAAUCUGCAGCUAAUAAAAAGCAACUGAAAGAAAUAGAAGAUAAAAUCCUUGAGACUCUACAGUCAUCUGAAGGGAAUAUCUUGGAAGAUGAGAGCGCUAUUCAAAUUUUAGACUCAGCUAAAAUAAUGUCCAAUGAGAUUACCAAGAAGCAGCAGAAUGCGGAAAAGACUGAAAUAAAGAUAGCAGAAUCCAGAGAAGGGUAUAGGCCCAUAGCAAAGCAUUCCUCAGUUCUAUUCUUCAGCAUUGCCGAUUUGGCUAACAUUGAUCCCAUGUACCAGUACUCUCUGAGUUGGUUUGUUAACCUUUUCAUCAAUUCUAUAAUGGACAGUAACAAAUCCAAAAUCCUGGAAAAGCGUCUUCGAUACUUGAAUGAUCACUUCACAUAUAACCUUUAUAGUAAUGUCUGCCGCUCUGUGUUUGAGAAGGACAAACUGCUGUUUUCUUUUCUACUCUGCUGUAACCUCCUUAUGGCUAAAAAGGAAAUUGAUUACAUGGAAUUUAUGUUUCUCCUAACUGGCGGAGUUGGUCUACAGAAUAAACAUGAAAAUCCUGACCCUUCUUGGCUUUUGGAUAAAAGCUGGGAUGAGAUUUGCCGAGCAAGUGACCUGCCUUCAUUUAAAGGACUAAGUGAUCAUGUAUAUCAAUAUUCUGAAGAAUGGCAUAAAAUAUAUGACAGCAAGGAGCCAUACAAUGAGCCUUUGCCUAGUCCUUGGAAUGAAAAGCUGAAUGGCCUUCAGAAGAUGAUAAUAUUCCGAUGUCUCAGACCUGACAAAAUUACAGCUGCUGUAACAAAUUAUGUUACUGAUAAACUGGGCAAGAAGUUUGUAGAACCACCUCCAUUUGAUCUUGCAAAAAGUUAUUUAGAUUCAAAUGCAACAAUCCCUCUGAUUUUUGUACUUUCUCCUGGAGCUGAUCCUAUGGCCAGCCUGUUGAAAUUUGCAAGUGAUAAAGAAAUGACUGGAAAUAAGUUUCAGGCUAUCUCACUUGGUCAAGGACAGGGGCCUAUAGCAGCAAAGAUGAUCCGAGAAGCUAUGAAGGAGGGCACGUGGGUGUGUCUUCAAAAUUGUCACCUUGCUGUAUCGUGGAUGCCAACACUAGAGAAGAUUUGUGAAGAAUUCAGCCAUGAUACAUGUCAUGCAGACUUCAGGCUCUGGCUUACCAGUUAUCCAUCACCUAAGUUUCCUGUCACUAUUCUCCAAAAUGGUGUGAAGAUGACCAAUGAACCUCCCACUGGUCUCCGACUGAAUCUGCUCCAGUCUUACCUUACAGAUCCUAUUUCUGAUACUGCAUUUUUCCAUGGCUGUGUUGGAAAAGAACUGGUCUGGGAGAAGCUCUUGUUUGCUGUUUGUUUUUUUCAUGCUCUUGUUCAAGAAAGGAAGAAGUAUGGUCCUUUAGGGUGGAAUAUUCCCUAUGGGUUUAAUGAGUCAGACCUUCGGAUAAGUAUUAGGCAGCUCCAGCUGUUUAUCAAUGACUAUGAUCAUGUUCCCUUUGAAGCUGUCAGUUACCUGACUGGUGAGUGUAAUUAUGGAGGCCGAGUGACAGACGAUUGGGACAGGCGCCUUCUAAUGACAAUACUGGCAGAUUUCUAUAACCGAGAUGUUGUUGAACAGCCACGUUAUCUGUUUUCACCCAGUGGGAAUUACUAUGCACCUCCAAAAGGUGAAUAUGAGGACUACAUUGAAUUCAUCAAGAAACUGCCAUUUGCUCAGCAUCCAGAGGUAUUUGGAAUGCAUGAAAAUGUGGAUAUUUCAAAAGAUAUCCAGCAGACAAAGAUUCUUUUUGAUUCUUUAUUACUAACACAAGGAGGCAACAUGCAAGGAGGCACAGCUGGUACCACUGACAGUGCAUUAUUUGAGAUAGCAAAGGAUAUUCUGAGUAAGCUCCCAAGUGACUUCGAUAUCGAGGCAGCUCUUGCUAAGUAUCCUGUACAGUAUGAGGAAAGUAUGAAUACUGUUCUAGUGCAAGAAAUGGAACGCUUUAAUAACCUAAUCCGAACUAUUAGAACUACACUCCAGAGUUUACAGAAAGCUAUUAAAGGACUGGUUGUUAUGGAUGCUGAUUUGGAAGCCCUUGCUGGUAGUUUACUUGUUGGAAAAGUCCCCGAAAAGUGGGCCAAACGAUCUUAUCCAAGCCUUAAACCAUUGGGAAGCUAUGUUGCUGAUUUUCUAGCAAGGCUAAAGUUUUUACAGGACUGGUAUAAUGUGGGUAAGCCUACAGUUUUCUGGUUGUCUGGGUUCUUCUUCACACAAGCGUUUUUGACUGGAGCAAUGCAGAAUUAUGCACGAAAAUACACCAUUCCUAUUGACCUGCUAGGAUUUUCAUUUCAGGUUCUGUCAACUGACACAUCUGAAACUUCCCCAGAAGAUGGAGUUUUCGUACAUGGUUUAUUCUUAGAUGGAGCACGCUGGGACAGGAAAAAUGGGGUUCUGUCUGAACAACAUCCAAAGGUGCUUUUUGACUCAGUGCCAAUAAUCUGGGUACAACCAGCUGAGAAGUCAAAAGUUCAGAAAUCAGAUGCUUACAUAUGUCCUCUGUACAAGACAAGUGAACGAAAAGGAACACUCUCCACUACAGGGCACUCUACAAACUUUGUCAUUGCCAUGUUGCUACCAACAGACAAGCCUGUUCAGCACUGGAUCAAGCGAGGUGUUGCCCUGCUAUGUCAGCUGGAUGACUAGCUUUGCCUUUAUCUAUUAUAUCACAAUAUAGAGAUUCAUUCAUAAAUAUGCACAGAAAUAGACAACUGUCUAUAGCUUCAUAUUGAUAUGCUUCCUUAUAAAGAUGCACAAAAUGUUAGUCCGUGGAUGUCUGUACUGUACAUAAAACUUAAAAGCAAAAACUGUGUCAUAGUCAACUUGACAGUUUACUGAUAUUGACUUAUUACUGUAAGUAUAAGAUUUAUAUUGCAAUGUCAUGGCACUGAAACACUUUUAUACUGAAUGUAUUGCAAAAAUGCAAAUAAAGCACUGUAUCAUUUGA